CUGCUGCCCGCCCCGUCCGCGGCCCCGGCCCCGGGCGCCACGCGAGGGUCUGCGGCCGCGCGGGACCCUCUCCCCUCCAGCCUCUUCUGCCCGCGGGAGCCGAGCCCUGCAGGUCAGCGCAGGAGCCCCGUCACUGAGCCAUGCUGGGCCCCGGGUGGCCUACAGUGAGCCCAACCCCGGCACCCACAUAGUCAUGAACAGCCACAGCCACAAUGGCUGUGGGGGGCGGCCGCUGGGCAGUGGGCUGGGUGCCCUGGGCAGAGACCCUUCAGAGCCCGAGGCCAGCCACCCCCCUCAGCCCCCACCUGGCCCAGGCCUCCAGGUGGUGGUGGCCAAGAGCGAGCCAGCCCGGCCUUCACCUGGCAGUCCCCGGGGGCAGCCCCAGGACCAGGAAGAAGAAGAAGAUGAUGAAGAGGAUGAGGCAGGCAGGAGGAGGGACUCAGGGAAGACCCCAAAUGUGGGCCACCGCCUGGGCCAUCGGCGGGCACUCUUUGAGAAGCGGAAGCGCCUCAGCGACUAUGCCCUCAUCUUCGGCAUGUUCGGCAUUGUUGUGAUGGUGACCGAGACGGAGCUAUCCUGGGGGGUCUACACCAAGGAGUCCCUGUACUCAUUUGCACUCAAAUGCCUCAUCAGCCUCUCUACAGUCAUCCUGCUGGGCCUGGUCGUCCUCUACCACGCCCGGGAGAUCCAGCUGUUCAUGGUGGACAAUGGGGCGGAUGACUGGCGCAUCGCCAUGACGUGCGAGCGCGUGUUCCUCAUCUCUCUGGAGCUAGCCGUGUGCGCCAUCCACCCGGUGCCCGGCCACUACCGCUUCACGUGGACGGCCCGCCUGGCCUUCACAUACGCGCCGUCGGCGGCCGAGGCCGACGUGGACGUGCUGCUGUCCGUCCCCAUGUUCCUGCGCCUCUACCUGUUGGGCCGCGUCAUGCUGCUGCACAGCAAGAUAUUCACGGACGCUUCCAGCCGCAGCAUCGGCGCGCUCAACAAGAUCACCUUCAACACGCGCUUCGUCAUGAAGACGCUCAUGACCAUCUGCCCCGGCACCGUGCUGCUCGUCUUCAGCAUCUCCUCCUGGAUCAUCGCUGCCUGGACUGUGCGAGUCUGUGAGAGGUACCACGACAAGCAGGAAGUGACCAGCAACUUUUUGGGGGCCAUGUGGCUCAUCUCCAUCACCUUCCUCUCCAUCGGCUAUGGUGACAUGGUGCCCCACACCUACUGCGGGAAGGGCGUGUGUCUGCUCACUGGCAUCAUGGGGGCCGGCUGCACAGCACUCGUGGUGGCCGUGGUGGCCCGGAAACUGGAGCUCACCAAGGCAGAGAAACAUGUGCACAACUUCAUGAUGGACACUCAGCUCACCAAGCGGGUAAAAAAUGCCGCUGCUAACGUUCUCAGGGAGACGUGGCUCAUCUACAAACACACCAGGCUGGUGAAGAAGCCAGACCACGCCCGGGUUCGGAAACACCAGCGUAAGUUCCUCCAAGCCAUCCAUCAGCUCCGGAGUGUGAAGAUUGAGCAGGGGAAGCUGAAUGACCAGGCCAACACGCUCGCCGACCUGGCCAAGACCCAGAAUGUCCUGUACGACCUCAUGUCCGAGCUGCACGCCCAGCACGAGGAGCUUGAGGCCCGCCUGGCUGCCCUCGAAGGCCGCCUGGAUGCCCUGGGUGCCUCCCUGCAGGCCCUGCCUGGCCUCAUCGCCCAAGCCAUACGCCCGCCCCCACCACCCCUGCCGCCCCGGCCUGGCCUCGGACCCCUGGACCAGGCAGCCCGGAGCCCCCCGUGCCAGUGGCCCCCCGUGGCCCCUUCAGACUGUGGGUGACAACCCUGCCUGCCACCGGACCCCUCAAUCUUGGCCAUCGUGUGGCCGCCACCUCCACGCCAUCCAGGAAGCCCUGUACAGCGGUGCCUCUUGGAGUUCAAGGAGCCGAAGCUGAGUCGGGCUGAGCGGACCAGGGCCCUCCCCACCCAGACUGUCUGGGCAGAAGACAGGGCCGGACUGCAGGCGAGGGUAGGGGUGGGCCACCGCCCGCUUCCUCCCUGAUUGGAGCUGGGGGAGCCAGGAGCUUCCUUUGGCCCCCGGACCCCCUGAUUCUCCCCAGGCCCCCGGUGGGCAUGGAGCAACCA